UUUCCUUCAGCUGUGUCUUAAAGUAAAUCUUGUGGCGGUGCGGAGCGCUCGCUCGGCUCCGCGCGCCGCUGCCCCGCGCGCCGCUGCCCCGCGCCGCGCGCACCGCUCCGCGCGCACCGCUGCGCUCCGCUCCGCCGCGCCGGCACACACAUACCGCUCCCGCGCUGCCCGGCGCGCUCGCUCUCACCCGCACUCGCCCUCCCUUUGCCCAAUUAUAAUAUUCAUCAGCGCCGAGAUCGCGGGCUGCGUGCGUGCGCGCGCGCGCGGGUGUGUGGUGGUGUGUGCGUGCGUGUCUGUGUGUGCGUGCGUGUGCGGUGUGUGUGUGCAUGUGCGUGCGUGUGUUUCCCUUUCUCACUUUCCACCGGCAAAAAAAAAGAGGCUCAGUUCCAUCGCCUUUGCACGGAGGUCCCAGGAUUCUUGAGCUGAGCCCAGCUGACAAGCUUUUGAAGAUGGCACAAUAACAGUCCAGUGAUGCCUGACCAUGACAGCACAGCCCUCUUAAGCAGGCAAACCAAGAGAAGAAGAGUUGACAUUGGAGUGAAAAGGACGGUAGGGACAGCAUCUGCAUUUUUUGCAAAGGCAAGAGCAACGUUUUUUAGUGCCAUGAAUCCCCAAGGUUCAGAGCAGGAUGUUGAGUAUUCAGUGGUGCAGCAUGCAGAUGGGGAAAAGUCAAAUGUACUCCGCAAGCUGCUGAAGAGGGCGAACUCGUAUGAAGAUGCCAUGAUGCCUUUUCCAGGAGCAACCAUAAUUUCCCAGCUGUUGAAAAAUAACAUGAACAAAAAUGGUGGCACAGAGCCCAGUUUCCAAGCCAGCGGUCUCUCUAGUACAGGCUCAGAAGUACAUCAGGAGGAUGUAUGCAGCAACUCUUCAAGAGACAGCCCCCAAGAGUGUCUUUCCCCUUUUGGCAGGCCUACUAUGAGCCAGUUUGAUGUGGAUCGGUUAUGCGACGAGCACCUGAGAGCUAAACGCGCCCGGGUUGAGAAUAUAAUUCGGGGUAUGAGCCAUUCCCCAAGCGUGGCAUUAAGGGGCAAUGAAAAUGAAAGAGAAAUAGCUCCGCAGUCUGUGAGUCCCCGAGAAAGUUACAGAGAAAACAAACGCAAGCAAAAGCUGCCGCAGCAGCAGCAGCAGAGUUUCCAGCAGCUGGUUUCGGCGAGGAAAGAACAGAAGCGCGAGGAGCGCAGACAGCUGAAGCAGCAGCUGGAAGACAUGCAGAAACAGCUGCGCCAGCUGCAGGAGAAGUUCUACCAAAUCUAUGACAGCACUGACUCUGAAAAUGAUGAAGAUGGUAACCUGUCUGAAGACAGCAUGCGCUCCGAAACCAUGGAUGCGAGGGCAGGCGACUCUGUCGGCCGGUCAGACAACGAGAUGUGCGAGCUGGACCCAGGGCAGUUCAUCGACCGUGCCCGUGCCCUCAUCAGGGAGCAAGAGAUCGCAGAGAAUAAGCCUAAAAGAGAAGGUCCCAAGGAAAAGGAGCAAGGGCCAAAUUCUUUCCAUCCCGAAGGCAAACAUUUGGCUGAGACCCUGAAACAGGAACUGAAUACGGCCAUGUCACAGGUUGUGGACACAGUGGUUAAAGUUUUCUCAUCUAAGCCCUCCCGCCAGCUUCCUCAGGUCUUCCCACCUCUCCAGAUCCCUCAAGCCAGAUUCGCAGUGAAUGGGGAGAACCACAACUUCCACACGGCCAACCAGCGCCUGCAGUGCUUCGGGGACGUCAUCAUCCCCAACCCCCUCGACACCUUCGGCAGCGUGCAGAUGCCCGGCGCCACCGACCAAACCGAGGCGCUGCCCCUCGUCGUCCGCAAAAACUCGUCCGACCAAUCUGCCUCUGCCCCGCCGCCCGGGGGCCACCACGCCUCCCUCCACCAGUCCCCGCUGUCGGCCACGGCGGGCUUCUCCACCUCCUCGUUCCGCCACCCCUUCCCGCUCCCCCUCAUGGCGUACCCCUUUCAGGGCCCGCUGGGCGCCCCGUCGGCCUCCUUCCCGGGCAAAGAGCGCGCCUCCCCCGAAUCCCUAGACUUGACUCGGGAGACCACGAGUCUGAGGACCAAGAUGUCGUCGCACCACAUGAACCACCACCCUUGCUCACCAGCACACCCGCCCAGUGCCGCCGAGGGGCUCUCCUUGUCGCUCAUAAAGUCCGAGUGCGGUGACCUUCAAGACAUGUCUGAAAUCUCACCUUACUCGGGAAGUGCAAUGCAGGAAGGCUUGUCACCGAAUCACUUGAAAAAGGCCAAGCUCAUGUUCUUUUACACCCGGUACCCAAGUUCCAAUAUGCUGAAAACCUACUUCUCAGACGUAAAGUUCAACAGAUGCAUUACCUCUCAGCUCAUCAAGUGGUUUAGCAAUUUCCGUGAGUUUUACUACAUUCAGAUGGAGAAGUAUGCACGGCAAGCCAUCAACGACGGGGUCACGAGCACUGAGGAGCUGUCUAUAACCAGAGACUGUGAGCUCUACAGGGCCCUGAACAUGCACUACAAUAAAGCAAAUGAUUUUGAGCAGGUUCCAGAGAGAUUCCUGGAAGUGGCUCAGAUCACGUUACGGGAGUUUUUCAAUGCCAUUAUCGCAGGCAAAGAUGUUGAUCCUUCCUGGAAGAAGGCCAUAUACAAGGUCAUCUGUAAGCUGGACAGUGAGGUCCCCGAGAUUUUCAAAUCCCCAAACUGCCUACAAGAGCUUCUUCAUGAGUAGAGAGUUCAGCAGCUAUUUAUGAAUGUAUGAAAGUAGCAGUCCCCUUCUGAUGCCCAAGUCAUGUGUGUCUCUAUUUUAAUUUCAUAUGUAUGUGUAUUGCAUACAUAUAUAUGUAUAUGAAAUUAGACUGUGCUCCCUCCUGGGUUUAAGUUUUUCUUCAGUUCCAAGGGGAUAGUUGUUUUACUUCAGCCUUCAGUUUACUUUUGCCCAAGACCCUUAACAUUUGGAGAAUAAAUGGGGUUAAUUUUCAGGGAGAAGAAUUUGGAAGCGUGUAAAAGCCUGUCUUAGCAAGUUAGGGCAUUAUGUUUUAAAAUGCUUUGUCAGAUUUACUGCUUGCUGCAAAGUGGCAUUUUGUCUUAGUGAGACUAAUGUCAUGGCACAAUACUACAGACAAUGAAGUUUAUAUUAUGUUUAUACUGCUAAAGGUCUGAACUCUGUGGAGUCACUUCAUAAGCUUAGAGCUUUUUUAUUUUAUAUACUUUUUAACCAAUAAGUAGAUUUUGUUUCAUACUUCAAAAAAACUACAACAUCUAUCUUAGGUACUCACUCCAAGAAGUGAUACCCAAAAAAGCAAACCUUGUUCUUCAUGCUUUCCCUUACAGGAAUGAUAAAUGCCCUGCACCAGUAAUCAACAUGCCAGGUUGUUGUUUUUCUAAAUUGCGGCAAGGCAAGUUUGCACAAAUCAAGUACUAUUCUUGCAGGGUAAGGCCAGUAAUUCAUGCACAAUAUUGUAUCAACCACACUAAUUUUAUAAUAUGGUCAGCUUAUUAAAACGGAAGCAUUUCACUCUCCAUAGAGUAAAAAUGAAACCUUCAGCAUACUAAAUUGCCAUGUCUUGGUCUUACUUUAAGUGGCGGUAGUCCCUAAAUUUAUUCUUUGCUCAGUCCAUUUUACCCCCAAAAUCCCCUUUCCAGUACACAAAGUUGUCUGUCUGUAUUCAACAUUUGUCCUGAAAAGCACUUUUUGAAUGAUCUUAUUUAUAGUAGAAGAAGGCAUUUUAGCCUCACAGUGCUGAGGCAAAGGAAAAAAAAAUAGUUGUUUGUAGCUGUAAAAUAUAAUUAGUCUUUUCCUAAUCGGAAGUAUAAAAAUUACAUUUUCAUAAAAAUCUAAUCAAGCAUAUACAAAAAUUGCAGUGUCCUCCUGGCUAUGCAGGGUUCAGAUAGCCGAACUGGAUUUUUAAAUUACUGUAAGUGCAGCUUUUAAAAAAAAUCUAUUUGAGCAAUGCGCUGCACUUGUCUUCUGAGGCUGGAGCUAGUCUUGACCAAAAUCUGAGUUACAGUGUAAAGUACACGAUGGAUCUGGAUUCGCCUGAAUGCUAUACAAUGCUCUGUCAGCAUAAGAAAGGAGAGCUCGCUGCUAGUUCUUGCGCUGUCUUCAAUGGCUCUCCUCACGUUUUCAGAAAGGUAUCGUCUCCAAAAGUUUGGGGGAAGGUUGAAUAUGCUAUGGCACUCUGUAUUUGUCAUUUUCUCUGUCGUCUUUUGUACAGAUGCAGUAAGAAUUUAUUGUUAUCGUUAAUAGUAUUUUCCCCUACCUAAUUCGAUCUGAAUCUAGAGAAAGUUCCUAAUUAGCUGAGAGUUAUGUUUAGGCCAUCUAGGAUACUGAUAUCUUAUUUCUUUAUUUCUAAAUUACAUUUUGACUUUGGAGAGUGAAAGUUUACCCAUGUGACUAAAGAGCUGACCUGAUCAUUGCAAUUUCACUUCAUUUACAAAUACUGCUGAUAGACAGAAAUGUAUGAAAGCAAUUAUUGUCAGCAGAAAGCCUUAAAAACCUGCUGACUUCAAAUUAAACAGCACAAUCCUACAAUUCCCUGUCAUUAUUUUCAAGCACUGGCAGUAUCUGUAGAGUAUAGGCAAUGCAGACAAUAGCAUGGGAUGAAGUGCCAACAUUUUCACUAUGCAUUAAAAGCAAAACAAAUCUUCUUGAUCUUAAAAUCCCUGAGAGUACCUAAUACUGUACGUAUCCUCACAGUAGAUGGGAUGUGUCUUUUUUUCUCCUUUUCUCUUUUCUUUUCUUUUCUUUUCUUUUCUUUUCUUUUCUUUUCUUUUCUUUUCUUUUCUUUUUUCUCUUUUCUUUUCUUUUCUUUUUUCUUUUCUUUUCUUCUUUCUCCUUUUUUCGCCUUUCUUUUUCUCUUUCUUUUUUCUCUCUCUUUUCUUCUUUUCUUCUCUUUUCUUUUUUCUCUUUUCUUUUCUUUUUUCUCUUUUCUUUCAUGCUUUGGUAAACAUUACACUUCAUAAAGAUGUAACUCCAAUGAUUUCUGAGUAAGAAAGGAUGAAAAUUGUGUUCAUGCACUUUUUUUGAUUUAUGGGAAGAAGUGGCAUAAAAUGCUCAAGUUUUAAUACAAUAAGUUCAUCACUGGCAUACCAUCAGAUACAAAAUACAACACUGCAUUGUCACCUUGGACAUAAGAAAGCAAAGCCAUACUUUAGUCAUACUGUGUGGACAUACUACUAGCUAUCAUCUUGAUCUGUGAUUUUACCGUUACUUUUAUUAUGUUUAUUAUUAUUAUUAUUAACAUUAAUAUUAUUAUUAUUAUUUGGCUGCAAUGUGAUUCACAUAAUCUAAAUAAGUGAAAUUGUGUACUCAACACUUGAUGUUGUUGCAUUUAUUUAUUUAUUUAUAAGUAGCAUAAUCUCAAUAGUACAUGAGGCAUAGGAAUUAAGAGUAGAAAUUUCAUCUUAAAAGACAAAUAAAUUUCAACUCCUUGGUCUGAAAAAGGAAAAAAGAGAUAAUUUGAUCAUUUCAGUUAUGGUGAUUUUACUGCAGUAUAGCCAUAUUGCCUUUGUGCCUCCCAAUACACCUACAAUUAUAAAUACGCAGCAUAGCUCCUACUAAAUUGUAAGUAGAAAGCAGUAUUCUUCAAAUGAUCUCAAUACUAUUUCACUAAAAAUGGCUAAAAGGCAGAAGGCUACUCUUAUUGUAAUAAAAAGUUUACAUAGGGAAAGAAUUUCAAAAUCCAUGUAGAAAUCCCAUGUUGCCAUUCAUUCACUGCUAAUUCAGAUUUAUUUCUGCAUAUAAACUUGAGGUUAUAGUCUGUGCCUAGACCUUAAAUGCACCAGCGGAAGGAUAAAAAAUCCUUCAGAAUACCAGUUUUUCCCCCACAAGUACAAUUGUUCUUGUGCCUUCUGUGGCUUACAAUUUUCAUCUUUUGAACUUUAUUUUUCAAUUACUACAGCUGCAAUAAACACUAAUUUUUUUUUUCUGGCUGUUUGACAUAAUGUUGAUAGCUAUGCAUAUUUUGUGUCUUUUUAAAAAUUAAAAAAAAACAAAGCAGGAGAAUACGUUUUUGAAGAAGAGAAUUUUUAGAACAGUUUGAUAAUGCAAAUUAUUUUUUCUCAAUUGUUUGAGCAGCAUUCAAGUUUUGAAAAUUCUUGUAGAAGCCAAUUUUUUGUAACUGUGGUGCAAAUCUUGUGUUUUCUUAGCCUGAUGAAAAGUAGUAUAGAAGCAAUAUUUCAUACGUGAUAUAUGUGUAUAUACAUAUACAUAUAUAGUUACACACAAAGACAAAUUAUGUGUGUGUAUGUGUAUAUAUAUAUACACAGAAACACACACACACACACACAAAAUAUGCGUAUGAAGUGAAAAGCUUACCUUUUUCCUAUCUAGAUUAAGAACCUAUUUUAGACAUUUGUUAUGUUUUGUGAAAAGAAUGUUCUAUUUGAAACUACAAAACAUUUAAUUCUUACUGUAUCUCUGGUUGUUUAAUGGGAACGUUUCACAUUUAAUGGUAAACACGUGGAAGAUGUUAGAAUGUAGUAAUUAUUUAAGAAGGUGUUCACCCAUGUAUUCCUGAGGUUUGCUUUGUGCCUCUGAGUAUUAUUUAAUUAAAGUGUUUUAAGUUUGCAGAAUCUUUGUUACUGUACCAGGUAUGUGGGUGAACAUUGAAAAUCGAGGGGAACUUUUAUAAAGCAAUGUAAAUAUUCAACCUUAAGGCUGUUCUUGCAUAAAGACAUAAGAUUUUAAUAACUACAUUCUGAAAACAUCUGUUGAAUUUAUAAGAAACAUUACAGUAACUGUAUAGAUAGUUGAAAGCAUUCUUGAAAAUCCAGCUCUCUACUUUUGAAAGUUAAGUCUGUUUCAUCAGAUGUCAAGGGAAUGGGUAAUACAGUUUCUGUAAAAUUGCAGAAUUUUUUCUAUGUAUAUGAAGUCAGUUAAUAGAAAAAUGUUUUUUUCCACAGGUUAAUAUUAAUUAAUAAAUAAAGGUGAAGAUUUUGUGGCUUUAAAGAUAGGAUUUUCACCAGCAGCAUUGAAAGAUUAUACAUAUAUAUAUAUACAGAAAGAUAUAUAUAUAUAUAAAAAUGGAAAGUGGUUUACAAAACCCCCAAAAUGAGCACUGUACAUGAGAAGAAGUGAAAGCAAAAACUAUAUUUGCCAUGUGUAUUAUAUAGUAAUCAUUGGUGUGAAUAGUGCAAAUGUUUCCUUCUGGUACCAACUAUGUGUUUGAAAAUUCCAAUAAGCAUUGUUUUCAAAAAGCUCCCCUUAAGGAAUGUAACUGGUUUAUAUGAGUAAGCAGUUACUGUAUUGCACUUAAAUGUUCUGUUGAAGGAAAUGCAAUUUUGUUUUCUGUAGAACUGUUGGUUGUAAACCAUCUAUAAACUGAAGCUAAAAAUGCUCGUAUUUAGAGCUGGGAUGAAAACUGGUAUUUAACCUUUGUAUCUUCUUAGGAAUAUCCUUUUUAGUGUAUGAAAGGUGGUGGCACUAUGACUUUACUUAGUCUUUUCAUCUGAGCCACAGUCACCUCUCACCCUAAGCAGCCACCUUCCAAAUGCACAAAUAUACUGGGAUAUGUAGAAACAAAUCUAGAAGAAACAGCGAGCUUACAUUUUCUCUAAAAUCCAUCCUUUCUGCAUUAAUUGUACCACUCGAGUAAAAUAUUAGACAAACACAAUAACCAUCUCAUUACCAUAUAGUGUGUAAGAGUCAGAAACUGAAAAAGAAGAAAAGAAACCUUUUUAGGUUGGUUUUAAUGCUGCCCAGAAGAGUCAAAGGUUAAGGUUUAAACUGAUAUUGUCCCAGCCAUUACUCAUAUGUAUAUAGUUACAAAAGUGACAAAACACUGCCUUUAUAUUAUUUAGCAAUAUGUUGUAAAUAGCAUUAUUAAGCUCUUUUUUUUGUAAUAAAGACCCUUUAAUUUGAAGAUAGUACAAUAACUGAACUGAUAAAGUCAAUUUUUGAUUUUUUUAUUUUAUUUUUUAGCUAGAGGCAAUUUCAACUGUGGAUUUUUUUUGUUGUUGUCUAUUGUUCUGAAGACUUUGCAUAAUUUAUUGGUUUAAUUUAUCCUAAUUUAUUUGAUGAAGGUGUACAAUUUUGUAUUACCAAGGAUGUACUGUAAUAUUAAUUGAUGACAAGAUAAAACAAUAAGACUCCCCUGUCCGUUUGAAAAAAAAAGGUGCAGUAGACAAUUGAUUGAAAAAAGUUACAAUUCUAGCUUGGCAGCUACUAAAUUUAAGAUAAACACAGGAAAAACGUUUUUCGGGGGGGUGGAUUUUAUUUUGUGUGUUAAAAGCUUUUGUAUACUCUCCAGACUUUUACCUUUUUGCUUUGUACCACUUAAAGGAUACAGUAGUUCAAUUGCCUUGUGUGCCUUCCAUCUUCUCUAAACUGAAUGUAUGUGCAGUAUAUAUGCAAGCUUGUGCAAAAUAAAAUAUAAAUUACAAGCUCAUU